GAAUAAUAUUAUGGUCGUGUGUUGAAACGGAGAUACAAUGUUAUUCAUAUUUUUCGUUAUUUUUGCUGUAUCUAUCACACUAUCAUCAUGUCAAACGGGGUCGUGUCCGCCGACCCUGUCAGUGGACAUAUGCGAGGCUCUCUGCGGACCCUCAGUGGCGUGUAACAGCACUCAGCUAUGCUGCCCUACAACGUGCGGAGGGGCCAUGUGUGUUGACGCUAUGACACAGAGGCAUUUCGUCACAUUAGUGAAAAAAGGCCACUGUCCCGAAUACCCUCGCGGGCCCUGGGUCUGCAGUCACACUUGCACCGGAGACUCAGAUUGUCCCAGAACCCUCAAGUGUUGUCCCAAUAGAUGUGGGGCACUGAUUUGCCAGAAACCAGAACAAGAUGAAACAGUACAAUGAUUACAAUUUGUAAAUA